UUCAAGAAAUGCUAAAGACACUGGUUCAGGUGCAACUUUCCAAAACACAUGUAUUUGAAGUUAAGAAAAAAAAAACGAUAGCUAUCAAUUUUGAUGAUGGGGACUGCAUAAUAUGCAAAUGAAAAAUAAAAUGAGCAUAUACCAAUGCAACUGUUGACUGUAAUCUUGAUGUAUACAAUAAUGGACGAAUAACAGAAUGAGAACAUUGUCCACAAAGAAUGGUUACAUUUCACUUCACUCUUUGAAGUUUAGGAACUGUGAAGUUUGAAGUCAUUGUUUAGAGACAAAAAAGUACGAUGUUUGGCGGAGAAGUGCCCAUUCCAAAAGCUGUUAGAAAACCUAGGCUCCCACCAAACAGGCAGGAUAUUCUCUGUCCAGGAUUACCUCCUGGAUCAUAUGGACACAUAGCUCGGGAACCUAAUACUGAUUACGAUGUCAAAUGGAGGCAAUACAGGCAACGCAAAGCAGAAUUCAACAACCGUCGAGAUAGUCAGUGGGUCACACAAGCUUUGCAAGACAGGAUCACGUUCAAAUAUGAUAGCCACGCAUCGAAGAGGCAGCUGCAAAGGCAGAUCAAGGAAAAAGUACAGGAGAAAAUGCAGGCGUUUGAGCAGACAGUCGAGAAAAGAAGGGAAAAACUGCGCGAUCUGCUCGCGCAAGAAGAGAGGCAGUACGUCUAUGAAGUUAUUGAUAUGGCACAGAAGGGUGACGCUCUGAGAAUGGAAGAGAUGAAGAAGCGUUCAGAGUUUCUGAAAAAGCAAAAAGAAGAGGAAAGAUUGAAGAUUGUCCACGAGAAAAGAAUUCAGCAAUAUAGAGAUCGUUGUGUUGAGCUGAGGCCAGCUCUGAUCAAAAAGCAUCUCAUAGAGUCUAAAAACACACAGUUGCAACAAAUGAGAGAAAAUGAAGCUAAAAGACAAGCUGAGAGGGAACUCGAUCGAAUGUGGCAUGAGCUGAUGCAAAAAGAUGUCAGAGCCAAGAUGGAUCGCGAACAACAAGAGCUUCUUGCGGAGAAAGAUAAAAAUAGAGACCUUGUGGAAGUUUGGAACAAACAAAUGCGAGGCAGACAGUUACACAAGCAAGAAAUUAACAGGAUUGCGCUGGAGGACAAGAUGGAAAUGGAAAGAAUGAGCGAAAAGAUGAGAAGGGAAGAAAUCGAAGCACUGGAUGAGAACGCAAGGAAGAGAGCCAAAAUUGCAAAGGAACUGUUGGAGCAAAUCUCUAGCCAGGAAGAGUAUGCAAGAAAGCGGAAAGAAGAGGAAGAAGCAUUCAACCGUGCUUUCACCAAACUGGCAGAACUGGAGUACCAGAGAGAAAGGGACAGAAUUAAAAAUGAAUCUGCCCAAGCUGCCCAAGAAGUUCAAAUGUACAGGAAACAUCUGCAAGAACUAGAAGUAGAAAGAAAGAAAGAAGAGAGACAGUUGGAAGAGCUUUUGGAAAUCCAUAAGAAGGAGAUAGAAAGGAAACAAAAUGAAGCCAAGUGUAAGCUUGCUGAAGCCAAAGCGGCACUUCAAAAGAGCGUGUUAGAGGGAAGAGCGCAGCAGAUUGCAGAUAAGAAAAGAGCGGCUGAAGGACAAUUCAAGAUGAAACAAGCCGAGAAUGAGCUGCUCAAAAUGGUGUUCGAUCAGAACGAAAGACUGCAAGCUGAAUGUGAUCGUUUACAUGCUGAAGCUGUUCGUCAAUACAGGGAUGAUCUGGCAAAGCAAAUUGAGCACAACGGCAUGUUAAGGAGAAAAGAACAAGAGGAGCUGGACAGACAACUUACAAGAGGCAGACAAGAAGAAGAAAUGUACCAGAAGAUUGUUGCCGACAUGAUAAACAUGGACAUCCCGGAAGGUAGCUGCCCUCAUCCUUUCAGACGAGUUCUUGACCAAUACGACUGCCACUGUUUGCCAAAAGAAUAAAAUAUAUUUUAUAGCUUUUACACAUGUUAUUCAUUUUAUAAUUCGAUGGAGCUUUUUAACAGCACAAUAUCAAUAAAUUGAAAUGUGAAUAUA